UUCUUGAUAUACCAAACCAGUGAACUCACCUUUGCCGUCGCGACACCGAAGAGGUGGGUUAAUAUAUUUGACGAGACUGCCAUUACCUCUUGGAUGAGCAAGAAUGCUGAAGGUGCAGCUCAAGGCUUCCAUGCACUUUUUCUUUUCGGAGUGAAUGAGGGCAUUGUUGCCACAGCAGCUGCUCGAUACAGUGGAACUGGGGAAAAUAGGACCCUGCUUUUGCUAUCAAAGAUCAGCACAGAUGGCGAUGAGAACUGGAACGAUCAUACUGGAUCACGAGUAUCCACCAAUGAAGCAGGAACUUCCAUAAGUGAUGCAAAUGCUGCUAAGCGAUUCCCCUUGAGGGUACUUGCACAUGUGGAAGGACAUACAGUGAAAGACGGUACCGAGACUCCGAAGGAAUUUGGUUUUGUCACAGAAAUUGAGAGCAGUGAAGGUCUAAACCAAGGCCUACAGAUUCUUCCCCUGGCGCGAAACUUCAGUAUUGCAUAUACAGUUGCGGGGGAAUCUCUGAAUGGUUAUCUUGCUUUCGCUACCACUGCAAUUGUGACGGAAAAUGAUAAACGUUUUGUGGUUCCUUUUCAGGCCAUCAAAGCGAAUGGGCGCAUCGUAUCCACUGUAAUUCAUUCAGAGAAUCACAAAGUGGCUUUAACGCUCCACAAUGGGGCGAGUGCUGAGGGCUGCAGAGACCCCGCCAUUGCACCGUGGGAAGGUGGGAAACUACUUAUGGUCACUCCUUGUGACGAUGGCUAUCGCAGAGUGUACGAGUUUACCGAGGAUGGAAGGACGUGGACAGAGGCCCUCGGGACACUUUCGCGUGUGUGGGGUAACUCAUUGAGCAGAACUGGUUCUGGUGUUCGAGGUGACGUUGUUACUGCGAGCAUUGAAGAAAAGCAAGUAAUGCUUUUUACGCACCCGAUGCAACAUCGUACAGGGGUCAAUGGUGUGACGGAUUUGCUUCACUUGUGGCUCACAGACACCAAGAAGCACAUUUUUGAUAUUGGACCGAUAUCUGAGGUUGACAAGGCUGCUGGCGUCAGUUCUCUGCUAUACACGAACGGAAAAUUGUUUUCUCUUUAUGAGAGCGGUGCCAGUGCAGCCCGCAGCCUUGUUUUUACUUCCCUCACUGAGGAGUUGGCGCGGAUAAAGCAAGUGAUGAAGAUUUGGGAAGAGGUGGACAAACGUGUCUCGCAGCUGUGCUCAUCAAGUGGGGGGAAUGCAGCCUCGUCCAAUGAGUCGUGCCAUACGAAUACGCUUACGGCGGGGCUGGUUGGGUAUUUGGCUGGCAAUUUAUCUGGCAGCCAAUGGAAAGACGAGUACCUAGGCGUGAACGCAACAAUAGCGAAGGGUGAAAAAACGUCGGCCAAUGGCGUGAGGUUCAAGGGUGCUGCAGCAGGAGCACAUUGGCCUGUUGGUAAACAGGGGCCGAAUCAAUUGUACCAUUUUGCAAACUACAACUUUACUCUUUUGGCGACGGUGACGAUUCACACAAUUCCAAAGAGCCACCACGGUGUUCCUUUAAUGGGCAUGAAGUUGAAUGGGCAUACAAGUACAGGCCUCGUGGAGCUGUUGUACGACAACAACCAAAGUUGGAAAGUGGUGUACAAGAAUACGGCAACAAAAACACAAGAAAGGUCGUGGGAACCAGAUACAACACAAUAUCAACUGGCACUGAUGCUACGAAAUGGCAAGGCCGCACUGUACGUUGACGGUCAACCUUUGCUUACUGAGAAUAAUGGUGUUCAAAGGGACACAAUGGGGGAAAUAUCACACCUUUACAUUGGGGGCUUGGGAAGCGGCACAGAGGUUGGGGAAAACGCAAACGACAGGGACGUCACGGUGAGCAACGUUCUUCUGUACAAUCGUCCAUUGAGUUCCUUUGAGCUGAUGGGCCCUUUAAGCAAACAGAACACAGUUCAAUUUGUGCUUACGGAUUCAGCUGUACAUUCCGAUGACAAAAAAGUCAUGGAACAUAAAAAUACAAAGAAAAACGCUUUUGAGAAAAUACACACGGCUGACGGAUCUGUGUAUGAUCAUUUGAGCAGUGUACUGCUCCAGCUUUUGUUUGGAUUGUGGAUUUUUGCGGUUUUGUGA